AUGCCCCGCAGUGGCAACUACUCUGACCUCACAAUAACCUGCCAAGGGAAGAGCUACCGAGUCCAUAAAGCUAUCGUUUGUCCAAGGUCCGGCUUCUUCACGGCGGCUUGCAGUGGAGAGUUCAAGGCCAACGACGAUUCCGAGGCUGUCGAUGCGAUGAUUAACUAUAUCUAUUGCCUCAACUAUGACCUGAAUCGAGCCGACCCGUCUCGAGUGGGUGAAGACAGGGCUGCCGGGACGGCGGCGUUCCAGGAGGCACCCCCGGAUCAAACGCCCGCGUCGACACGCCCCGAUCUUUUAGCUCACGCCAAAGUUUUCACACUCGCUGAGAAAUACCUCAUUAGUGGGCUCAAGGCCCUCGCGCUUCAGAAGUUCGUUGCUUCGGUUUCCGGAGGCUUCGAUGUUGAUGACUUCCUUGACGCAGUUCAGCAGGUAUACCGCUCUACCCUAGAGGAAGACGGGGGGCUCAGGGAGAUCAUAGUAAGCACCUUGUACAACCACAAAUACUUACUUGAUCAAAAAGAGGUGCAAGCUGUGUUGAAGGAUAUAGGAGCGGUUACCUAUGAUCUUGUCAUGUUCAUGCAUAAGCAAAUCGGGAAGUAA